CUCCGGAUAUUUUUGUUCGAUUGCCAAUUUCAACAGAAUUCGGAUCAGUCAUCCGUAAAAGUAAAAGGCGACUCUGCUCUCAACACGCACACCGAACCAGUAAUCUCGCAAUUGGAUCGCUAAGUCAUGGCUAUAAUUGGUGAUAAUUGGUGCACUUCAAUUGUACCUUUAUUCAUCCCAAUAGCAAAGUGCGAAGCAAAACGACUGAAAAAAAAAAACAAAUUUUAUUAUCAACAGAUAAGAUACAGAAUGCUUCAGCACUAUUACUGACAACACGACUCGCACCAAUAAUUCACUGUGUUAUCAGCUAGCGAACAGGCAACAAGUAGAGAAACAUCAAACACACGACCAAGAGAAUGACUGAAAAAUCGAAAUUGAAUCAAGAUUUGCAAGAUGAACGCCAGAGAAUCCCGUUUAAUGUGGAAGCGUUCACCAAUUGGUACUACGGCGGUGAAGCGAAUGUCAAGGACAAAAGAUAUCUGGAAAAACUGAUCAUCAACGAUCCGGAACUGAAAUUGGACAUUGACAUGAGCUACAUGAGUCACAAGGAAAAAUAUGAGGAGGCAGUUCGACGGGCGACGAUUGCAUUGAAGCUGUUCAAGAAGUUGCAACAGGACGGUUUCGGUGGUGCAGAUUUUGUCGGGAAAAUCCUGUUACCCUUUUCCAGUAUACUCAAGCAAGGCAGUCCGAUAAGUUUGCAGUUCAGCAUGUUUUUGCCGGCGCUGAUAAAACUCGGUACUCCCGAACAGCAAGCGAAAUGGGUGCCGAAGGCAAUGAAUCUGAGCAUCAUUGGUACUUAUGCGCAGACAGAGAUGGGACAUGGCACGUUUAUUAGAGGUUUGGAAACGAUUUCAACCUACGAUCCGCAAACGAAAGAAUUUGUCAUUCAUUCACCGACGAUCACAGCGUAUAAGUGGUGGCCCGGCGGUCUUGGACACACCGUAAACUAUGCGAUUGUAUUCGCUCAGCUCUAUUCGCUGGGCAAACAUCACGGAUUGCAUCCGUUUAUCGUGCAACUAAGGGAAGAUGAAACGCAUAAGCCCAAGAGAGGCAUCACCAUCGGUGAAAUUGGAAAUAAGGUCGGCUUCAACACCGUCAACAACGGAUUCCUCGGAUUCGAUAAUGUCAGAAUACCGCUCGAUCAAAUGCUCAUGAAAAAUGCGAAAAUCUUGGAAAACGGUGAGUUCGUGAAGAAUCAGAGCUCCGUGUUGAACUACGGAACGAUGACUCAUGUACGCGUUGGAAUUGUAAGGGACAUGGGGACGCUUCUGUCCAAAGCCGUCACCAUUGCUAUGCGAUACUCAAUCGUUCGCCGGCAAAGUCCGAUCGAUCCAAAACUACCCGAACCGAAAAUCAUCGAUCACGUCACCCAGCAGAUGAAAAUACUGCCGGCGAUUGCAAAGGUAUUUGCCAUAAAAUUUGCUGCCGAAAAUUUGAUGCGAAUGUACCUGACCGUUACGUCGGACAUCGAACGCGGCGAUUUGGAACGAUUGCCCGAAUUGCAUGCGUUGUCGUGUUGCUUGAAGGCCGUAUCUUCGACCGAAGCUGUUCACGCUGUGGAAGUAUGUCGUCUGGCUUGCGGUGGUCAUGGUUUCCUUACAUCGGCCGGAUUCCAUGAUAUCUACACAAAUUGUACGGCUGCUCAAACGUAUGAGGGGGAGAAUACCGUCAUGCUGUUGCAGACGGCUCGCUAUUUGAUUAAGGCGUGGAGUCAAGCUUUGAGUGGAAAAACUUUGCCACCGACGGUUAAGUAUCUGCAGAAUUACAAGCCGAGUAGUGGACGAAGCGCAUGGGACUCGUCUGUCAGAGGUAUUUUGAUAGCAUUACAGUCAACAACAGCCGGCAAAAUCGCCUUGGCGCAUAAACAUAUUGAGGCGAGGAAGAAGACUUACUCGCCGGAAGAGGCAGCUAAUCAGACGGGUGUUGAAUUACUAAGAGUCGCUGAGCUGCAUUGCCAGUCGUUCUUGCUUCAAUCGACUAUCGAAAUGGUGGAAAAGUCGAACGUCCCUCCACAAAUAGCAGAAGUAUUGCGGGACAUCUUGGAACUGUAUGCUGUGGACUUGGCUAUUCGAUUCCUAGGAGAUUUGUUACAGUUUGUCAACAUAACCAGCACCGAUGUGGAACAGCUUCAACAGCGUAUGGAGACCGCCCUGAAGACGGUGAGGAAAAGUGCACUGGGCAUUGUUGAUGGAUUCGACAUUCCUGACUUUGUUCUAUCGUCAACACUUGGCGCGUACGACGGAAAUGUCUAUGAAGGGUUAUUGGAAGCUGCUAAGAAAUCGCCACUGAAUCAGGAAGAUGUCAACCAGUCGUUCGACUUGUACCUGAAGCCUUUCAUCAAAUCCAAUUUGUAAAGAAGACGUUCGAGUUUGCUAGAACGAAACUAAGUCAAAUAAAGGAAUGGGAAAUUGGUCAAGGCA